AUGAUAAGCCAGAAACACGUUCCUUUGACCAUCACCAAGGUUACUGUAAGAGAGCGGCCCCAGACGUCGACACAGGUAGGUCUGGAGAGAACGUGAGUAAGAUAAAUUGAUCUUAAUUCCCCCGAAAUGCAUGUGAAGUGAUUGUGAGCGUCGGAAUUGCGGUGCGUUAGUAGUUGGGAACGCACGGAGCUUUUGUAAUGUCACAUAGACGACUUUUUCAAAUUUUCAUGUUUGCAGGAUUCAUGUUUAAAGCUUUUAUCAGUUCUGCAAAUUUAGUUUUUAUCAAAAACUCCCCUAAACGCUUUGAUUUCCUCCCAAAGUGUGACUUUACCCGUCACACCGACAGACCGCUUCCCAAAAAUCCAUCGAAAUUUGAUGUCUGUCCCAGCAUCAUCCAUUAUUCUAAGGGCAUUGUCAUCUUACGGUAUUUAUUUUGCAAAGCGCAGAAUCUUCACGUGCGUUCCAUAUGUCUUUCAAAAAGGGGGGCGGGAUGGGUUGACUCCGCCCAUUAAAUGCACUCUGCCGCUUCUUUAAAAGUGAUCUCCUGCCCAAAUCAGACCAGAUUCUUCAGAGUCCGUACAAUUCUCAACUAGAAGCCAACAUGCUUGCCUCGGCUGCCGCUCUCUUCGAAUGUUCCAUGCUAUUCGUUGCUACCCUCACCGCCCUACUCAGCAUCCUGAGUCCAAAUCUCCGCUCAGGCCUCUAUUCCGUCCUGGUUCUCCUUCCCAUCAGUCUGAUGAUCAGCCGAACUGAAGCCGCUUCUGAUGACUUGGACGAUUAA